AUGGCGGUGAGGAUCCAACCGACGGCGGCACCGGAACACCCGGGCUUAACCCGCGAAAUGCUCUUAGCGGUCGUUUUACUCCUGUGCGCGAACAUCGCGACCGUGUGCUCGGGGAUCGCUUUAGUCGCGUACGGGACGAGGAGUGGACAAAAAGCGGUUUUGUUGAACAAAAUUUUCGAAGGGUCCGAUUACGAGGCGACGGUGUUUGACGACCCGGCGAGAGCGGCGACGGUAUUAGGCGCUUUAUUGUUGAUUACGAGCGUGUACGGUUUAGCCGGGGUGUAUACCAGGAAUAAGUUGAUGCUUAUUUUGUAUCACGGGUGGACGUUUUUCGCGUUGAUUGGGUUUGUGUAUGCGAUUUGCGUGUUGGAGAUUUACCGACAGAACGCGCCGGCGAUGGUUGAGUCGUAUUUCAACGGCGAAGAGGUGAACAUCGACGAAGGCGUGACGAGACAAGGCGACGAGAUUGAGUUUUUCAACAUCUCCACGUUGGCGCAGAUCGACAACGCGAAGAAUUUGACGACGAUCGAUGCUAUCACGUGGAUUAACCACGUGGACGAUAGCUCGAAGGCGAGCGUGGUGUUUAUUUUAAUCGCGAUGUUUAGCGCGAGCUUUAUUAUGGGGGUGAGGUAUACGGCGAGAAGAAUGGGUGGUUUUUCGAACGUCGCCGGGUGGAUUUUUGGCAUAGUUUUGGCGGUUUUGUCGUUUACGGUGGCGAAGUCGACGUACCGGGUGAAUGAUGCGAUCGCGGUGGAUUUGAACACGAGGUUCGUGCACGAGUACGGCGUGGACCCGUGGAGAGCGAUUACGUUGAAGGAGACUUUGGAGCAGUACCCGGAAGAUAUUUUCUUACCACCGGUGUUGUACGAUUCGCCACCGCCCGCGCCGCUAGCGCCGGGGGAGAUUGAACCGCCAGCACCGGAGUUUGAUUCACCUCCGGCACCGGUUGGUAAGUGGUACGCCGACGGCGUGUGGGUGGAGUACGCGAGAUUGAAUAAAAUCAGCGAAAUUCAACACGACGUGUCGUGUCGAUUGGCGUUGACUGGGGUGAACCACACGGAAGGGAGAGUGUCCACAGACUUUGUGGAUUGGAUUAAGUUUCAAGUGGCGGAUUACGCCGCGGUGGAGACAUCUGACGUGGAUUUUCUGUCUACGAAGGAAGGCGCGGAACAUCCCAUCGCGGGGAAACACGCGGCGAAGACGUUGGGAGGCGCAGCCGUGUUUGUAGUCAUUGCCUCGGCGGCGGGGAUUUACGGAACGUUGAAGCACGAUCGACGCUUACUGGCGUUGCACUUGCUCAUUUCGGUUCCGUGUGGUAUUUUCGUAGUCGUCGCGGCGAGGAAGGCGGCGGAAGGCGCAGACGAUACGUUUGAGUCCAUGCGUUUGCAUUGGCACGCGUUGCAACACGCGUACAUCGGACCGGCGGUGACCACUGGUUCCGCCGCCGCGUUUGCCUCCGCACAUUUCAAACAAGCCGCAGCGUUAGGGGCGAUUGUAGCCAGCGUUAUUUGGCUCGCUAUUUUCAGUUCGAUCGGUAUGAUAAUCACCCACGACGCGACCAAAGUCCCCGGGUACCAAAAGCCGGGCGGCGCGAGCGACAUCGAAAACCAACGCUUGGCGUCCGGUCCGUCCUCUUCCGCAUCCCCUCUCGACUCCUCUAAACUUGGGGGCGGUGGCACCGGUAAAGUCGCCGAGAACAUCGUCGAAAUGAAGAGUUUAGCCGCGACCGUUCGAGACGCUGCCACGGGAAGAGGCCAGUUCAAGCCUGGAUUUAGACCCACGGAGUUGAAAGAAACGAAGAAGAGCGGCGCGACGCCGGCGCGAGGCGGCCGACCAAAAGGUGGCGAUAAAGAUUUAGACGCGAAGUUCUCCGUCGAUUAA